AUGCAAUGCUAUACGGAGCUGACACCUCCUACAGCUGUCGAACACUCAUUGAGCCUUCCAUUCGUGUCUGCCGGCGCGCACAACCUCAUCGUCGCCAAAACUUCUUUACUCCAAGUCUUCACCACCAAGAUCACCUCAAUCGAACUCGGGAUCGAGGAAGGCGCCUCGAAGCAGAACGACAAAUGGGAUCCAUCGCUGGACAAUGAUGGCUUGGAUGCUUCAUUCAUUGGCGCAGACUCCCUGCUACGCCCGGAUAGAGCUCGGAGGACAAAGCUCGUACUUGUGGCCGAAUACACACUGUCUGGGACUAUCACAUCCUUGGCAAGGAUCAAGACACUCUCCUCGAAAUCUGGCGGCGAGGCGCUCCUGGUAGGCUUUCGCGAUGCGAAGCUCAGUCUGGUGGAAUGGGACCCCGCGAGGCCAGGAAUCUCAACCAUUUCGAUACAUUAUUAUGAACAAGAUGAACUCCAGCGAAGCCCAUGGGCGCCGAAUCUCAAGGAAUCCGUCAACUACUUAAUUGCUGAUCCUGGUAGCAGAUGUGCUGCGCUCAAGUUUGGAGGGAGAAAUUUAGGCAUCAUCCCCUUCAAGCAAGAUGAUGAAGAUGUUAAUAUGGAUGAUUGGGACGAAGAGAUAGACGGCCCUCGACCAGCCGACAAAGUGAUCACGAAAGCAACCAACAGCUCCAAUGAUAAGGAAACCCCCUAUGGGCCUUCAUUUGUUCUUCGCUUGGCCACUCUUGACCCCAAUCUCAUAAAUCCAAUCCACCUUGCCUUUCUUUACGAGUACCGAGAACCAACUUUUGGUAUUCUAUCAUCUUCGCAGAUGCCGGCUUCAUCUCUACUGUUCGAGAGGAGAGACCAUCUGACCUACAUGGUAUUCACACUGGAUCUCCAACAAAGAGCGUCGACGACUAUCAUGUCUGUAACGGGCUUACCUUAUGACCUGUUUGAAGUUGUGCCGCUUGAUGCACCUGUUGGCGGAGCCCUGCUGAUAGGAACCAACGAAUUGAUACACAUCGAUCAAGCGGGCAAAGCUAACGGGGUUGCAGUCAAUGUCUUCGCUAAACAAUGCACCUCUUUUGGUCUCGUUGACCAGUCAGGUCUAGACAUGCGCUUGGAAGGCUCCAAGAUUGAGCAGCUAUCUAUUCAAAGCGGAGAAAUGAUCAUCUUUUUGCAGACUGGAGAAAUUGCUAUCCUGAGUUUUCAUAUGGAUGGCAGGUCGGUAUCCAGUCUGAGCGUAAGGCGGGUAUCAGCGGAGGCAGGUGGCUCAGUCAUUCCCGCUCGCGUGUCGACUCUGAGUCAUAUUGGCCAGAAUACCCUCUUUGUGGGAAGCGCAUGUGCAGACUCGAUGGUUCUCGGUUGGAGCAGAAAAUCGAACCAAGUGUCCCGGCGAAAGCCUCGAGUGGAGGUCAUUGAGGAUGCCGAUGACGCUUCCCUUGACGAACUAGACGACGAGGACGAUGAUGCCGACGAUGACUUGUACGGUGAAGGCCCUUCGAUCAUACAAGAUGCCACAAACGGCGUAGCCAAAUCGGAUACCGUAAACAGCAAGGCCGGAGACUACGUGUUUCAAGUGCACGACUCCUUGGUCAAUAUUGCCCCUAUCGUGAAUAUCACUUUUGGGAAUGCAAGCUUGUCCCAAAAUGAAGACGAGAAGCUGGAUUCGGUAGGCGUCAGAGGUUAUCUAGAACUUGUUGCAUCCGUAGGCAAGCAGAGAGCGGGAGCUUUAGCAGUGAUCCAUCAGAACAUUCAACCCAAAGUUAUUGGUCGUUUUGAAUUUCCUGAGGCUCGUGGUAUUUGGACCAUGUCUGCAAAAAGACCCGCAGAGAAGGGCCUUGAGGCCAAAAAAGAAAAGUCCUCCACCAGUGGCGACUACGCUAUUGAUGCACAGUAUGACAGGUUGAUGAUUGUUUCCAAGGCACUUUCCGACGGUACAGAAACGUCCGAUGUAUAUGCAUUGACGUCUGCCAAUUUCGAGGCUCUGACAGGAACCGAGUUUGAGCCUGCUGCUGGAUCGACAAUUGAGGCCGGAACACUGGGAAACGGCAACCGUGUGAUACAGGUGCUCAAGUCUGAGGUUCGAAGUUACGACGGCAAUCUCGGCUUAGCCCAAAUAUUACCCAUGUACGAUGAUGACACGGGAGCCGAGCCAAAGAUUGUGAGCGCGAGCUUCGCGGACCCAUACCUGUUGCUGUUCAGAGAUGACUCGAGCAUCUUCGUCGCCCAAAGCGACGAGAACAAUGAAUUGGAGGAGAUUGAGCGGGAGGACGAUGCGCUCCUCGCUACUAAGUGGUUGACCGGUUGCUUGUAUGCCGACUCGAGAGGUGUUUUUGCCCCAGUUCAAUCUGAUAAGGGGCAGAAGGUGGAAGAGAAUGUGAUGAUGUUCUUGCUCAGUGCUGGAGGAGCUUUACACAUCUACGCUUUACCCGACCUCUCGAAUGCAGUCUAUGUUGCUGAAGGGCUCUGUUUUGUACCCCCGGUACUUUCAGCUGCGUAUGCUGCUAGGAGAUCGGCCGCUCGCGAGACGAUCACAGAGCUGGUCGUCGCAGACCUGGGCGACGAGACUGCAAGGUCGCCAUACCUCAUCUUACGCCCAUCCACUGAUGAUCUCACAAUUUACGAACCAUUUCAUACCAGCUCCGAGUCCUCCGGUGGCCUCGCAUCUACACUGCAAUUCCUGAAAAUACAUAACCCUCAUCUAGCACGAAACCCAGACGUCUCGGCCGCGGAAACUGCGGACGGCAUUCAAGAGACUAGAGACGAGCCAAUGCGAGUCAUCUCGAAUUUAGGCGGCUACUGUACAGUAUUUCUCCCCGGUGGCUCGCCGAGCUUUAUCAUGAAGAGCGCCAAGAGUACUCCCAAAGUCAUCAGUCUGCAAGGUCUCGGUGUGAGAGGCAUGAGCAGCUUCCACACAGAAGGUUGCGAUAGAGGCUUCAUCUAUACGGAUGUCGAUGGCCUAGCCCGAGUUUCACAACUCCCCAAGGAUACGACGUUCGCCGAACUGGGCGUCUCAUUACAGAAGAUCGAGCUUGGGCAGGAAAUCCACGGAGUGGCAUACCAUCCGCCGACGGAGUGCUACGUUGCUGCUACCAGUACCGAAGCCGAGUUUGAGCUGCCAAAAGAGGAUGACAACCACCACCCCCAAUGGGCCAAGGAGCAAAUAACCUUCAAGCCAACGAUGGAGCAAGGCCGCUUGAGACUGAUCAACCCAGUCAAUUGGACCGUCGUCGAUGAAGUUGAGCUGGAUCCCUUCGAAGUCAUCAUGUGUAUCAAAACUCUUAUCCUCGAGACCUCUGAAAUCACCAACGAGCGAAAGCAACUGAUCGCUGUCGGUACCGGUAUAUCUAAAGGCGAAGACUUGGCAAUCAAGGGUCGUAUCCACGUCUACGAUGUAAUCAACGUCGUACCAGAGCCCGACCGGCCAGAGACCAACAAGAGGCUGAAGCUGAUCGCCACAGAGGAUAUUGCGCGAGGAGCAAUUACCUGCAUCUCCGAAAUCGGUACCCAAGGAUUCAUGAUCGUCUCCCAGGGGCAAAAAUGUAUGGUCCGCGGUCUCAAAGAAGACGGCACGCUCCUCCCAGUCGCGUUCAUGGACAUGAACUGCUACAUAACCUCCAUCAAGGAGCUCAAGGGUACGGGCAUCUGCGUCUUCUCUGACGCCGUCAAAGGCGUGUGGGUUGCUGGCUAUACUGAGGAGCCGUACAAGAUGAUGCUGUUCGGAAAAUCAGCCAAGAAUAUGGAGAUCAUGCAGGCGGAUCUGUUGCCGGAUGGGAAGGAGCUGUACAUCGUGGCGGCGGACUCGGAUUGCAAUUUGCACAUCAUGCAGUUUGAUCCCGAGCACCCGAAGUCUCUGCAAGGCCACCUCCUCCUGCACCGCUCCACCUUCGCUCUCGGCGGCCACCUCCCCACGAGCAUGACCCUCCUCCCGCGCACCAAGAGCGCAACGCUCCUACCACCCUCCCCCGACGCCAUGGACACCGCAGCCGACGCCACGAUCCCCGAGCACGAAAUCCUGAUCACCUCUUCCACCGGCUGCAUCUCCCUCCUCACUCCGCUCUCCGAAGCCCAAUACCGUCGUCUCAGCACGCUGACUAGCCAUCUGAUCAACACGCUGUAUCACGCGUGCGGGCUCAACCCGAGGGCGUACCGCGUCGAUAAGGAUGCGCCGGAGGGCAUGGUCGGGAGUCGAACGGUCAUCGAUGGGAACAUCCUGAUGAGGUGGAUGGAGCUCGGGAGUCAGCGGCGGGCGGAGGUCGCGGGGCGGGUGGGGGUGGAUGUUCUGGAGGUUCGCGAGGAUCUGGCGAGUUUGAUGGGGGGAUUGGGGUACCUCUGA